CAGAGACACUAGAGAGAGUAGGAUGUUCUCCUGUUGUACUCGGACCACUCGAGGCUCAGGCCUUAAGAAAGACAAUAGGGAAGGCCACAGAGGUGUCUGGAGGCACAGGAUUCGCUCCUGCCUUCGACGCCUGUGGCCAUUUUCCCGAAAGGGAAAUAUCUUACCUAAUGGCAACCAAGACCAGGACUGCACAGACCAGGGGGAGAACCCUUCUGCCCCACAGGAUCUGAGGGAUCCCCAGAGAGAGCCACACAUCAGUGCAGAGGCUGUGGUUAAGCUGGGGGAGAAAGCUUCUGCCCCACAGGACCUGAGGGAGCCCCAGAGAAAGCCACACAUCAGUGCAGAGGCUGUGGUUAAGCUGCGUGAGAACACUUCUGCCCCACAGGAUUUGAGGGAGCCCAGUAGAAAGCCAUACCGCAGUGAAGAGGCUGUGAUUAAGCUGGCAAGCAGGCCGGUGCCUUCUCUGGAGGAAGAGAACCCCUUCUUUUCCCCUGCCUUUCUUUCCAAAUAUCGAAGUUUUGUCACACCCCUACAUGUAAAGACCCUAGAGCUCAUGAGUUAUGCCUUCUUCGGCCCUUAUGAAGAGGAUGCACAAGUAAUGAACACUCUCUGUGGCUUCCUGCACGCCUGGAUGGACAAGAACCCUGAGGACUUUUGUGGGCCCACAGAUUUGUUCCCUGUGAGAUACAUGGAAGCCUACUGGAGUGCAUUCAUGCCACACUCUGGUCUUAUUGUCAAUAACAAUAUGGUCCCUACCCCAGCUGAAGGAAGAACAGACUAAGGAUUCACAGUGAGGAAGACUCUGAUCUGGGGAGACACACAUCCUCAGAUCCAGAGAUUCACCUGCUGUAAAUUGACAGGGAAAAGAGCAAAUCUGGAGCCAAAUUCAACUUGUGCACCAGAUCUGGAUAGCACAAAAACCACCAGAAGUUUCUGUGAUGCAUGUGUGGCUGCAGCCACAUGUGGUGUGGCAGCAGCAGUCCAGCCAGCACACUUGAUAACAGCUGUGGAAUCAUGUUUCAACAUGUCUGAAGUGUAUCUCUCCAUUAUCUCCUCCUUGCUACAGUGGACCUACCUAGUUAGAGAAUGGUCCUGUCAUGUCUUGUCAUCAAUUUGUGUCUGUCCUAUAUCUGAGCUGCUGCUCCUGCCCCUUAUGAUCAGCCCCUGAUUUUUAAUUUCUUAUCUUUUUAGUGUUGUGUUUAAGUAUUAGUUUUAAUAAAUUGUUUGUGUUUGUUUU